ACCGGCAAUUCAUCAUUAUCGCUACGUCCGUCGACAUUAAUAGAAGCUUUUGUAUAUCGUGUUAAAUUAAUUCUUAUUUUAGUUUUAAUAUUCACAUUUUAAUUUGAAAUGGAAUUCAUGUUUGAAUAGUGUGUUCUAUCUGUGAAGUGAAAAUCGUUGAACAAUUUGAGAAAUUGCGAAAAUGGAUUUUAAAAUUAUUUUUUGUGUCGUAUUCUUGGCGUUCUGCAGUUCAGCAUCGGCUGAUUGUUCUAUUAUAAAACGGUACACCAGUUGCAACUACACAGUCUUCUGCGAGCAGACUCCAACAUCAGUCGGCAAUCCAUCAUGCGACAAUGACCCUUACGUCAUUUUCAUCAUCACCAAAUCUCACCUAAGCUACCUUACCACUGGCUACUUCUCUUCAACUAAUUUCGACUCCCGAGUUCGUGAAAUCAUAGCAAAAGGCAACUCUUGGAACAUCAUCGAUGGUUCAGGAUUCAGAUAUUACCCAAACACCAUCAAAGUGGACAUUUCCAAUAGCAGUAUCGAAAAAAUAUCUAAUGAAGCCUUCAGAAACCUGAUACAUCUCGAAUACUUAAAUAUUUCCAACAACUGGAUUAGAAGACUGAAUCCCAAAUCGUUUUAUACUUCAGAUAGUGUUGCAAAUGCAGUAAAAAUAUUAGAUUUAUCCAACAAUAUGUUACAAGAAUUGUCAAGUGAAUUGAAUCUAAUGCCUAAUUUGGUUAAGCUGUACUUACAAAAUAACAUGUUGUCCAGUCUAACAGACGACUCUUUUGUUAAUUUAAAACAUUUAGAACACCUUAAUUUAAGAAAUAAUCGGUUACAGAAUUUAAAUUUAACUUUAAUGAACUUAAAAAUGUUGAAAACAAUUGAUAUUUCUCAUAAUUCUCUUCUUAAACUGUCGGGCUAUGAAAUCAAUCGUAUGGCUGGUUUGGUUUACUUUAAUGCGUCUCACAAUAUGAUCACUUCUGUAGAAUCGAAUUGCUUCAACCAAGCAAAAUAUUUAGAAUCCAUUGAUUUUAGCUAUAAUGGCAUCAACACAACUAUUGAAAGUGUAUUAUUUGAAGCCAAUUCUCGAUUACAUUAUUUGAACUUUUCUUAUAAUUUUAUCAGAGGCAUACAGGAUAACUCGUUUAUAAACACAAAUUUAUUUGACAUUAACUUGGAAAAUAAUAACAUCACUGGGACUUUAAAUGAAAAUACUUUCAAAGGCAUUAUUGAUAUUUCUAAUUUAGAUCUAUCUCGUCAAAACAUAGACGGUAUAAAGAAUAGAGCUUUCAGUAGCAUGCGAAAUCUAAUGCAUCUUAAUUUAAGUAGAAAUAAUAUAAAAGAGAUUGAAAAUUUUAGUUUCUACAGUAGUUCCAUGAUGACAUUAGACCUGUCACAAAAUAAGAUCCACCACUUGAAUUUUCUACAAAACUGUUUAUUCAAUUUAACUGAAUUGUAUUUAAACGAUAAUAAUAUUACUGUUGUCCAAAAGAACAUUUUUGCUAAUCAAUCACAGAUAGUAAAACUAGAUCUUUCAAUGAAUGGAAUCAUAUCUAUUGAGCCGAACUCGUUACCGCUGAACAACCUCCAAUAUCUCAACAUUGAAGGUAAUAAUCUAAACGGUGUCAUAAAGAAAAAUAUAUUCAGUCCAGCAAAAUAUCUAAAGUUUUUGGAUUUAAGUAAUUUUAAUUUAUCGAAGAUUGAUGAUUCUGCAUUUAUUAAUUUAAAUGUAUUGGCGCGAUUAAAUCUUUCUAAUAAUCACAUAGAAAGCAUAGCAGCAAACAAUUUUAAGGGAGUUAACAAUAUGUUCAGUCUUGAUAUAUCGCAAAAUAACUUAACAUAUUUCUCAUUCAAUAACAGCGAGUCAACGAAUAAUUUAACAGCUUUAUAUUUAAACAACAAUCGUCUCUCAAACAUCAGUAAACUUUUUCUAAACACAUCUAAGUUAAUUUACUUGGAAUUGUCUAAUAACAUCAUAAGUAACACUACAUUUAUUGAUUCCCAUCUAUUUCCUAACCUAAAAGUGCUACAUCUUGGAAACAAUACAAUUAAAGAAUUCAAUAAUCCAAAAACUGAUUCUCUGUCUACACUAAUUGACCUAGAUGUGUCUUCCAAUGAACUUAACGAUAUAAACUUAAGUUAUUUCAAAGAACUGAUGUCUGCAAAUCUUGGCAAUAAUAAACUAGCUCAUAUUAACAUUACGUCGUUUAGGAAUAAUGAAUAUUUGCAAUCACUAGAUGUAAGUAGGAACAACAUCACUGACUUACCACCGGGCACAUUUCUGUUUAUGAAAAAUUUGAAAUUACUAAACAUAUCUUCUAAUUACUUGACAAAACUUCGUUUUGGGAGUCUAAAAGGACUUCAUAAGACAGAAGUGCUAGACUUAUCAAAAAAUUAUAUAUCUGUACUAGACGUUGAUGUUUUCCAUGAAUGUGAUGAUCUAAAAACUUUGAUAAUAGAUUACAAUCGUAUUAAAACAUUGGAUGUUGAAAGAUUGAUACUUAUUUCAGUGAGGAAAUUGAGAACUUUGAGUAUAGGUGGUAAUCCUAUAGCUUGUAAGGAAAUUGUUCAUAAUAUUAAGGCUAAUAAUGUAAGUUCGUAUACUGUUAGAGAAGUAGAAGUUACUUCUAUUGAUAAAAUAUACCACGAGGAUAAUGUACACGGUAUUAAGUGUGGAGACGAUGGUAUUGAUGACAAGAGCAAUGCUAGUGAAUCUAAAGCCAAAAAUUCGACUGAGAACACUCCAUCAGCUGCAUCACCACCUUUAUCUACUACAGCAGUCUUAGUUUGGUGUUCCGCAUUAACAUUAUUGAUCAUAGGAGUUGGGCUAUUGAUUUAUAUAAAAGUGUUCAGACAACAAAAUUACGCCAUUAGUAAUAAUAUGACGAUGCAAAUGAGAAAUUCUAUUGUCUCUGAAAACUCUGAUUUUCAAAGGGACCUUUUAAGUUAGACACUAGAGUUAUAAAUCAGUUUUUAAUGCUUUGUUGACUGUGUCGUUGGUCAAAUGACUACUAAGCAAGCUGCUGACGUAGACAAGAAUUGUGUCCAUUUUAUGACAGAAGGCUCACCCUCCAUUACAUGGGAUUCAUAUUUGGCGAAAACUUAACCAUUUAAGAAAUAAAAGACGUGUUAGUAAUGGUAUUUUUUGUUUCACAUAAAAUUAAUAAAUAAUUUGAAAGAAUGUUAUAGGUAUUUUAAAAGUAAGGAACUGUGUAUACGUUGCCUUCAUUUGACGAACGCAUGCAUUAUUCAAAAUAGAUAGGCUUGAAUAGGAUUUAACGUUGCCGUUCGAUAAAAAGUUUUCGAUUCUAAGCAAGAUGCAAGCAUUUGUCAUUUGUAGGCCGCCUUGUUUGUGAAGGAUGCUUGCAUUCGUCAAAAAACGCAACGUGGUCAGUUGCUCUAAUUAAAGUUGUGUAUGAAAGUUGUUUUGUUUUUACUCGACUGUAUCAGGAGUAUUGUUUUUUGUUUUUGUAUUGUAUAGAUUUGUGUAAUACAAUGUUAAUAAAGUACCAUUUAUAGCAAUAAAGUAUUAAGUCUUCUCAGA